CAUUAGGCAAAGAUAGAAAGAAGGUAUGAUCGUCGGCAUUAGGAAAUUGCCUUCAAUACUUGGAGCUGCUCCAUUGCAAAGCCAUCGACGUUUGCCAACGAAAUUGAGGAUGGGCCAACAUAAUGCAGAACAUAACGCUUCGAAAUCCAAUCAUCAAUCGCGCGUCGAUAAGUUUUCGAAAGUUAUCCGCGACGACCACACUGGUGGUUGGGAGACAUGCUGGGAGCAAGGGCUGACACCAUGGGACCUGGGACAACCAACUCCUGUAAUUAGUCAUCUCUGUGCAAUGGGAGAUCUUCCAAAUGGUCGUGCCCUUGUGCCUGGAUGUGGAAGUGGCUAUGAUGUUGUACAAAUGGCAAGCUCUGAACGCUAUGUUAUUGGAUUGGACAUAUCAAACAAUGCCAUACAAAAGGCAAGAGAGCUAUCUUCCUCAUCGCCAAAGAUUAGAUACUUUAGCUUCUUAAAGGAAGAUUUUUUCAGUUGGAGACCUAAGGAAUUGUUUGAUCUCAUUUUUGAUUAUACGUUUUUUUCUGCUAUUGAACCUGCCAUGAGAGUAGCUUGGGGACAACAGAUGCAGAUGCUAUUAAAACCAAAUGGAGAGCUUAUAACACUAAUGUUUCCUAUUGAUAACCAUAUUGGUGGACCACCUUACAAAGUUUCAGUUUCAGAUUACGAGGACGUACUACUUCCAUUGGGCUUCAAGGCUGUACUUAUCAAGGACAAUGAACAUGCCAUCCCACCUCGCAAGGGACGAGAGAUGAUCGGAAGGUGGAAGAGGAGUUUGGCCCACGCUUCACUCUAAAUUGAAAGACAAUUACAAAAUUUUAUGUUAAACUGUGGUAAGUGGCUAAAUAUGCCAAGCGGCCCCUGGUCUUUAAGUUUGUUUUCAAGUAGUCUUUAAGGACCCUUAAAGAUACAAAUCUAGUGACUAUACGUAUAAUUU